CGGCGGCUGCGUGUUUCCGGAAGACGUGGCGGCUCGGGCCCGGGCAGCGUCGCCGAGGCUCUUCUCUGGACUAGGCUUCGCAGCGUGGGCCCCGAGGCACCGCGGUUCUCGCCGCCGCCGCCGCCAUGAUUUCCCUCACGGAUACCCAGAAAAUUGGCAUGGGCUUAACAGGAUUUGGAGUGUUUUUCCUGUUCUUUGGAAUGAUUCUCUUUUUUGACAAAGCACUGCUGGCAAUUGGAAAUGUUCUGUUUGUGGCUGGUUUGGCUUUUGUAAUUGGUCUAGAAAGAACAUUCAGAUUCUUCUUCCAGAAGCACAAAGUGAAAGCCACUGGAUUUUUCCUGGGUGGUGUGUUCGUGGUCCUUAUUGGUUGGCCUUUGAUAGGCAUGAUCUUCGAAAUUUACGGAUUCUUUCUCUUGUUCAGGGGCUUUUUCCCAGUGGUGGUUGGCUUUAUCAGAAGAGUGCCUGUCCUUGGAUCCCUCCUGAAUCUCCCUGGAAUCAGAUCAUUCGUAGACAAGGUCGGAGAAAGCAACAAUAUGGUAUAACAACGAGGGAACUGAAGAAUUUAAAUACUGUAUUAUUUAUAAAACCCUUUUGAAGAAUAUUCAGCACAAAGUUAAAUUUCACGAACUAGCGUAUAAAGUUCCUUACAGAAGUUUAAAACGUACGCCCUCCAAAGUCCCGACAGCUGUGGCAGAAGCGGCAGCAGGCUCGUGAGGUCUGAGACCCGAACGAAGAUGGAGAGGGCGCAGCCUAUUGCAACGCUUAGUGACUUCAGACGGCUGUCUCUUAGUCUUGCUGCAACGUGUGAGACGGUCGUUCGUAGACAACCAUGGUGUCUGUUACUGUUUUUUAGAAGAUUCAGGAACACCACUAGGCAUUUGAUUUUUUUUUUUAUGAUGUCCAUUGUGAUGGCCCAGAUCUAUCUAGGUGUGCUGGGUUUCUAAUGAUGCCUGGAUUGAUUGGAUUAUGUCGUCUCCAUGUAUCAGCCCAAGGAAGCCCAGUUUCAUGUGUGAAUCACUUUUUUUGUAAACAUGGAUAAAAUAAGACUUUUGUGGUCCUUUUGAAUCUUAAUAUUUUGGAGCCAGAUAAAAAUAUGAACUAGUCUUUUUUUAAAUACACAGAGGUCAUUCUGAGCUGUUACUUCCUUAAUCAUAGCUGACCACAUUCUUUCUUGACUCCAUAACACUCCGGAAGCUCAGAUCUCUCAAGUGUGGCCUGGAUGUGUUCAUACGAUCUGUCCCAUGCAGAAGCUGAGCAGAGAGCAUUCUGACCAUGGAGUAGUCUGCUACAGAGACUAUUGGAAUCAGUUUUGGGGAUCCUAAGUGACACACACCACAUGCAUCGUCCCAUGCCAUGAUGUAGUUUUUCUUGUUGGGUUCAUAAUGAAAUUCGGCCAUAGUUUCUCACCUUGUUUUCAUGACUUACAGUGACCUUGAAGGUGUGUAACAUGUGAAAGGUUUAUUCUGUGACUGUGAGAAGGGCUGAUUAUUUAAUCUCGAUUUUUCCUCUUAUUUUCAGCUUUGUUGUAAUAUCCAAAAAUCAGCAUGCACCGUAUCUGCUUCCCUUGCUGUUCUGCACCUGAGUUAGGAAGGAAGACGCCCUGUUGACAUGUAAAAGCUCGCUCUUUAUAACUAAACCGGCUGUAGCUUCUCCUAACCACCAUGCUGGGGAAGCAUGCUGUUCCCAUCUGUGGCCAGUUCCCCACAGGGACAAUGAUGAUUUCCUUCCUCGCCUGAGGUGUUGGCUUUCCUGUGGGACAUAGGAGCCCUUGGUCAGACACAGCACGAUUUGUCUUACUGAUGAUUGCACUGUUUAUUUGUAACAGUCUCUAAGCUUUUUAAUGCACAAAGUCAUAAUGGAAAUUGUAUUUAUUUACAGACCAUUUCUACAGGACAUUACAAUGUUGUUUUCACUUAAAUCUCUCAGUGCCAGGAGAAUCCCCAGCCUUGCCCAUCUACGGAAGGAAGGAAGGAAGGACUGGUUCGUAGUGGGAUGGUUCGUUCUUGUGGAUUACUGUCGUGUUUGGUACUUGCAUCCAACUCUGGUGUAACCUGUGAAAACUCGAUAAGUGGAGAAUCCUACCUCAAUAGCUCAUGGGAUAAUAAAAGACCUGGCGUUGUGUCUGAUGUUCCUCAAAAAGUCAUAUCUUUCCUGAAGUGUCAGUGCUGUGCUUUGAGAACUGGCCCGUGUAAGGUGCCCUGUAGAUUUAUAAUAGGCUUUGGCCUCUAUGAUUGACAGGGGCUAGAUAUCAUGCCUGUUAGAGCAAGAGUCUGCCAUUUAACUCCUUUGUAGACAUGACCCUAUCAAAGUGGCUUUUGCACUACAGCAAGCAUCCCCUUUCAGCAGCCUGAUUUCAGAAAACACUGGACCUGAGAAGACACGAGAAGUUCUAGUCCUCAGAAAGGCAGAGGGCUGAGGUGGCUUUCAGUUUGGAGUGAAUCUUCAGUGGACCUGGGACUGCUUGGCAACGCUGUUUUUCAGUCAGAACCAUGAGGCUCUGUUUUUAAACAAAGCAGCCCUCAGACUUCUGGAAGCCCUAUUGUAAGUUCCCACAACCCUACUCCCUUCUGAAAUGAGCCUUCUGUCUUUAACAGAAAACAAGCAAACAGAAAACAUACUUUGAUUAUUCCCCCAAGAUGGAGGACAAGGUCCAGUACUCAGCCUUAAGUGUUUCUGUCAUGUUCAAAUGUAUCUUCUGUAACAGAAACAGACUUCAAUGUUUCCUUUCCCUUAGAAUUCUCUGGAAUUCAGCUGCUUUAGAAGUCUCAUGGUCAAAUUAUAUACUCUAACAAUGGCAUAUUGUAAAUACAUUUGUCUUACCUCAAUAAAAGGGUACUUUUCUAUUCA